CCUCCUCCCCCACCCCCACCUAAAGGAUACGUCAUAACAGAGCCACCCCCACCACCUCCUCCUCCCCCACCACCACCAAUCUACGGCACCCCAGAAGCCGUAAAGCCCCAGGUCGAGAUCACAACUAACGAACGCCAGGAACCUGAUGCGGAAGGGAAAUACAGCUUCAACGUCGCGGGAGCUGACGGCACCAGUCGUCAGGAGCAGGGCGCCCCCCAGGGAGAGACUGGCGCCGUGGCUACCCAGGGAGGAUGGUCGUUCACCUUCCCCGAUGGGACUCCGGGUCAGUUCACCUUCGUGGCCGACGCUAAUGGCUUCAAUGUGCAGUCCGCCCUGCUGCCCGUGGGUCCGCCCUUGCCUGCCCACGCCAUUGCCCAGAUCGAGGCAGCUAAAAAAGAGGCAGAAGCUGCAGCCGCUUCUCCCCCUGCACCAGUGUACUCCGUCCCUGCACCAUCGACCUAUUACAUUCAACCUUAGCUGCCUGCUUGACUGUCUUUGUUUAAGAAAAGAUUGCAUGGAAGUAAGCUGCAGUCUAGAGACGCAUAGGGGUAUGCUACCUACCCUGACAUUAUCUUCCUUGAAACACUUCAAAUUUCAGCUUUUAAAUUAUUAUUUUUCAACUUAAACGCUUCAAAUAAUACUGGAGUGCCUAAUUGCCCGAGACUUCAACUUCUCUAACUUUAGUGGAAAGAGCUGUAUCAGCUGUUGUUGAGACUCCAUCCACCUUCAACAGUGUAAUCAAACUUAGAAUGCCUUAGUUGCUGGGUCACGAAUGCUCCUGCGACGCCGUAAGACAGUGAUACAAGUUUUCGGAUACUUUCUUGCUUAGAGAAUAUUCCUUAAGCAGACCUGGCUCUAAAGGGUUCAGACUUUCAUUGGGUGGUGCCUUUGCUUCCUGGAAUAAUGUCAGGGAUCCUGACUGCCUUCAGUUAUAUCAGAUUUGAAUGUUAAGCUGCUUUCAAUUCUGCUUCUUUUUGACUCCUCAGCUUCAGUACUUGCCUUUGAUUCUUGCUUUUUGAGACUCUAAUGUCUGCGUUCUUACCUUCGCUGCAUUUAUUCCUUCUUGCAUCCUCGGAAUAAUACAUAUAUCUAAAUUGUUUUCCCUCGCUUCACGAGACUAGCUAACAAGAACUUCGACUGUCUAUACGACUUAUACAAUACGAAAACAUAAUUAUUUAUUGACAUUAUCUUAUACUGCAUCUUUAAAUUAUAAAAAAAUAUAUAUUUGUGCCUUU